GGUACGACCUGACGGAAGCAUCGUUCGCGAUUUUGAUUGGUCAUCCAUUAUAUUCCGAACUGAAUCCAUAAGUAGCAGUAGCAGCAGUCAGUCACUACUAAUGUUUGGAUUAUAGAGGUGCAUGUAACUGUCAUAUAUUUAAGGUGUGCGUCAGCUGAAGGAUGAGUCGUUUUCUGAAUGUGUUGAGGAGUUGGCUGCUGAUGGUGUCCGUGAUCGCGAUGGGAAACACCGUGCAGAGCUUCAGAGAUCACAGCUUCCUAUCAGAGAAACUCUACACGGGGACACCGGAUUAUGUAAAUGGACUUCAGGCGAGAACAUUUGGGAUAUGGACCCUUCUGUCUUCUAUCAUACGUUGUGCCUGUGCUAUAGACAUUCAAAACAGAACGCUUUAUCAUGUCACCUUGUGGACAUUUGUUCUGGCACUUGGGCAUUUCUUGUCAGAGGCGUUCAUUUAUAAAACUGCUCCUUUGACUAUUGGUGUCAUGGCUCCUCUGAUUGUAGCAGGUUUCUCUAUUGUGGCUAUGUUAAUUGGGUUUCAGUGUAUCGUUGAACCGCAGGACAACGUUGGAGCUCGACAUAAGAAGAGAAACUGAAGAAACGUCUGUGUCCGCUUCAGUAACAUUCACAUCAUGACCUUUGAAGCCCUGCAGGUGCUGACGUGACAUGUGAACCUUAAAGGGUUUGGACUGUUAUCGAUUCGAAUGUAAAUCCUGUUGUAGGUGGGUCGCUGACUGUUGACAGGACGCACUGUUUGUUACUCAUGUGGUCUUUGAUGAUGUCAUUGGUUGACAAUCACUAAACAUAUAAGGCCCAAAACUACCAACAGUUUUAAUAAUUUAAAUCAUUUUUAUAUGAAUUUGUAUGAUAUUAGGUGUGUACAGAUCAUUCUCAUUUUUUCGUAAAGUACAUUCAGGGAUGCUUUUUAAGUUAUGAAUGCUGAAAUCUUUCCCUUCACUGAUCUGUGUAUUUAUUACAACAAUUAUUACAAUUCAAGUGUUUAAGCAUCUGCCUUUAGGUUUUCAUGAUCAUCAAAGUCAGGUGUGUUCAGAUAUAUUUAAAUAAAUGUCAUCAUCUUGCAUGAAAGAUUUUAGAUAAACAUACAGUGUAAUAAUCCACAAUUAAAUAAUUAAAAUAUAAAAAAUAUUGUAAAACAUUGAUUUAAAUGAUUGUAUAAUUGAUAAAAUACUAAACAUAACGUACUGUAAUAAAAUUAGGAAUUAUCUAUAGCAUGAAUGCUUAUUAUUUGUUGUAUAUUGAACACUAACACUUGUUUAGUUGCUAACAUGCUAACAAGUUUUGCAAGAGCUUAUUUGAGAGACAAUUAAAAUUUUGCUUGAAAACUAAAUUAUCAUUGAAUAAGUUUAUUAUUGCCAAACUGUAUAAACAAUUCUAUGCAAAUACUGUAUGAUAUGAACACAACAUGUAAAACAUCAGAUUUCUACGAAAGUUCAAGACCACAGCAUCUGAAUAUUUGAAGCCACACAAAAGUUAAGUUAACUUAUCUAAAGUUUAAAUAUCUUGAAUGAUUUUCUUUCAUGUCACAGUUCUGUAUGGCACCUAGACAUUGAUUGGAUAAAUGUAAAAAAAAGA